CACCCUUUUUUUUUCAUCAAUGCAUGCAUAAUUAGGCACGAUAGCUUAUCAUCAAUACGAUGUUUAUCGCUUUCAACAUGAUAAACGAACUAUUGUUCAUGUACACAAGUGAUGCUUUUCUGCCUUUUUUUUUUGUAUAUAUACAUGUAUGCCUAUACGCAACACUGGCACCUGAGCAUGGAUUCAAAGGGCGACGUGACGUAUGGCAUUAAAGUUUCGUAAUUUAAAAAAAGGACUUCUCUACUAUCAUUCUCAUCAUGGAAGAAGCCAUUAACCAACUUCAAGAUUUGGGUGUCACAAGAGGACAAGCCAAAAGAGCACUUGCUAGGUACAAUAAUGAUGUUGCUUUGGCAGCUGAUUACAUUUUCUCGGGUGCUGAUCUAAGUGAUGAAGAGCAAGAUACUCCACAGAACACUAUGGAAAGUGAUGAACAAUUAGCGUUAAGAUUAAGUCAAGAAACAGCAUCGACACAACAGGCACCAUUGACGAAGGAUACUACCUAUGAUCGUGCUUCAUGGAGUGUCGUGCCUUUUACGUCUGUGGACGAGAAGAAAGCAGAUGUAUCAUUGACUUGGUGGACGGAUCCCGAGAAUCUUUCAGAUCGACUUGCAAAAGAUCACAUACCUAUUGGAUUAAGACCACCUUUGUAUAAUUUUGCUUAUGUACCUAUUGUCCUACAAGCCUUGUUUCAUAUUACUGCAUUCAGACAUGCUGUCCUUUCAUUUCGCCCAUUCCCUUCCGGAUGGGGAACACCUCAGUACUAUUGGCGAGGAUUAGGCGACCCUGUACCAAUCGACAUGAUUCAAACAACAACAACCACACCACCACCCGUUACUGUCAAAGAAGGUUCUUUGAUUCCAUUGGAUUCACCUGAAGCAACACCUAUGGCCCAAUUAUCUUUAGAGGAUGCACCCAUCGUGAAACCAACCUAUGAACCCAUGUCGAGAUUAAUGAGAUCAUUUGCUGAACUUCAGAAACUAUUUGGUUACAUGCAACACACUAAACGUGCCUAUGCCCACUCAUAUCACCUUGUCAAAGCAUUGAAUCAGAAGGAACGGUCCCCGCGUGAAUGGGAAUACACUGAUGUCUCAUUUGAAGGGUUUCUCGACAUGUUGAUCCAAUGUCUUGUGCAAGUGGAUGAGCAAUCCACACAAGCAACACAGACUGAUUUUGUGCCUAUCUUUAGAAAUUUAUUUUUGCUCAAGGCUCGUAUUGAAUAUAAACAAGAAAGUGACUAUGAUGAUGAUGAAGUGUAUUAUUUAUCUAUUCGCCUUGAUCAUGGCAUGGACUCAUUUCAUGCUUGUUUGGACCCCUUGAUCUAUGUAGACAAUGAUCGAUUCACUACAUUUAAGCAAAUUCCUCCUUUGCUUUGGGUUGUAUUGGAGAACAGAACAUCCCCUCACACAACAGACUUACCUUAUACGAUUGACACCACCAUUUAUAUGGACAGAUACAUGCAAGAAGACCAAAAAAGAGCACUAGAAGGAUUUAAAAAGAUUGAAUCCUCUCGAAAACAAAUAGUGGCUCUAGAGGCACAGAUUCAGGCGCUUGAAGGCAAUGCAGGUCUAUCUCGACUGGACAUCUUGACACACACUAUGACUUAUUUUAAAGACCGACAAGAAAUGGUAGACAUUUUAUCUACUGUACAACAGAGUAUUCAGGCGCGCUUAACAUCCUUAAAGAACAAGGUGAAAGAGAUCAAACAAGAUAUGACGCAUGCCUUUGAAGAUAUGAAACAACACCCCUAUGACUUACGAGCCACUUUGCAUCAUGAUGGUAAACAUGGCACAGGUCAUUAUUGGGCCUAUGUCUAUGUAGAACCGAGUGAAAUCAGUCUUUUGCCAGACAUACCUGUGGAAGACAAGGGCGGCUGGUUUAAAUUUUGUGAUGCCAGUGUGGUGCCUGUAUCAGAUCAAGCCAUGUUGGAUGAUCCUACACCUCCCUUCUCACUUUUAUAUGCUUCUCAGGCCAUACCUCAAUUCACGCGAGACCAAUUGAGCCAAUGUGUACCACAGACAUUGUUUGAUUUUGUCCAAUUAGAUCAUACAUUACUAGAACAAGAAAUAGAGGAAGACAUGAAACAUUCUACCACAAGUUCCAGCCUGUAUUUUGACGAUACAGGCUCGGUGGGUACAGCAGUGCCUGCGGAAUCACAGGUAUUUACAGGCGAAAGUCUCCAUCAACUCAAGACUACAGUGGAACAACGUAUGGAGCAAGUAACUGAGUUGAGCGGGCAUGAUCCUAUCUUCUUAAAAAGUUUUGAAGCCUUUUUGGCUCGAUCUCAAAAUCAGUCUGCUUUAGAGCACUUUUAUUUACUGUAUUCUUCCGAAAAGAAUUCACUGGAUGAAGAAGCUUCCCUAUCAGAUCCUGAGUUGGAAAUUAUUUGGCAAGAAUACAAUCGCUAUUUAAAUGUGGGUCAAUGGAUUGUACAAGCCUUGGAUUAUUUCGUACAAAAAGACUAUAGUCGUGCAGUAGAUGCUUUAUUGGCAACAAAACAACAAGAAGACUUAUGGAAGACACAGCUGAUGCUGAAUCAAGAUGUGUAUCAAGCAUAUCAUGGCCUAGAAGCAUUGUCAUUUCAACCCUUGAUUGAAAGAUAUGGCAAGGCUUGUGUUCAAAUCAUGAAUGACACUGCUUAUGCAAAAGCAUGUCAACCUUCUUACCGAACAAGAGGAUUAGAAGAUGGUAUUCGAUUGGCUCAGCAAGCACAAGCAAUGAUUGGGUCUGAUCCUAUAGCCAAAGAAGCCCUAAGUGAAAAAUGGUUGUCAUUUACAGAACGGUCUGAUUUAACAGACCAUGAAGCAGAACUAUUAACUAAACUUAUCAUGACUUGGUUAGAAGGGCAAGCUACAGACAACAAGCAACAGCCAGAAGAAUUUACGUAUUCAUCACUUGAACCACUUUGGAAAACAUAUCAACACUUGUGUACAGAAUCAGAGUUAUUAUUACUACAAAUAAAUACAAAAUAAUCCGAAUGUACUUUAAA